AUGUCCCCUCCCAUUGCUUCAGGUCAAUCCGAGUCUGGUAAGGCUCGUUUCGCUGGUAGUGCCAGUUCCGGCAUUCUUGAAUUGAUCAUCUUCCACCCUGUUGAUACUGUUGCCAAGCGUUUGAUGAGUAACCAAAAUAAGCUUUGGAUUUCAGGCCGUGCAUUUGCUGAAAAUAAGGCUGCUGUUAAUCAGGUCAUUUUCAAGGAUGCUGCCAAUGCCACAUUUAUGAAGAAGUAUGCUUCUCUCUUCCCUGGUCUUGGUUUCGCUGCCGGUUACAAGGUCGCCCAAAGAGUUUACAAGUUCGGUGGUCAACCUUUUGUUAGAGAUUACUUGAACAAGCACCAUAGAGAUUUGUUUGUUGGCACAUUCGGUGAGAAGACUGGAAAGACCAUGAUGCAUGCCACUGCUGGUAGUUUGGUCGGUAUUGGUGAAAUUGCUCUGCUUCCUUUGGACGUUUUGAAGAUCAAGAGACAAACUAACCCUGAGGCAUUCCGUGGCCGUGGUUUCUUGACCAUUGUCAAAGAUGAAGGUAUGGGUCUUUACCGUGGUGCUGGUUGGACCGCUGCUCGUAAUGCUCCUGGUUCAUUCGCACUCUUUGGUGGCUCUGCUUUCGUCAAGGAAUACUUGUUCUCAUUGAAUGAUUACAACAAGGCUACCUUCUUCCAAAACUUCUGUGCUUCUAUCGGUGGUGCUGUUGCCUCUAUUACUGUUGCUGCACCUUUGGAUGUCGUCAAGACCCGUAUCCAAAACCGUAACUUUGAAAACCCAGAAUCUGGUUUCAAAAUUAUCAAGGAUCUUGUCAAGAAUGAAGGCUUCGCUGGUUUCUUUAAGGGUUUGACUCCCAAGAUCUUGGUGGUUGGCCCCAAGUUGAUCUUCAGUUUCACUGUCGCUCAACAAUUGAUCCCUGUCUUCCACAAGAUGUUUGAUGGUCAAAAGUAA